AUGACGGCUCGUGCCAUCCGGGCCGUGCUGGCAGCCUUGUUGGUAGCGACCUCAGCGGCUGCAGUCGACUUUUGCCCGGUGCUUCACGCGAGGGCCGCGUUCGCGGUUUCUGGUCUCUGCCGCGCCCGCGCCGGCCGUCGCUGUGCCUCGCUGACGCUGAUUGACGACGGCGGCUGCUCGCUCGCCCUCAACGCGAAGGCUGCCUUUGCCGCCUCAGCGAUGGCGACGGCGCUGCUCCAUCCGAUCGACACGCUCAAGACGCGGCUGCAGUCGGACGCAUACACUGUGUCGCCCGCUCGUGCUCCGGUUCUUCGACGCCGGCGUCCCGCACCGGACGAGCCGGCGCGGCCGCGACUGAUGACGGGCCUGUACACGGGCCUGCCCGCGAACGUGCUUAAGGAGGCGCCCGACGCCGCGGUCUUUCUGAUGGUCUCCGAGGAGCUAAGCCGCACCCUCGCCUACUCCUCGCCGUGGUUUGCGAGCCACCUGGCGGCGACGCUCACCCUCAUGCUGAGUGGCGCCGUCGGAGACGCGGCUGGCUCGGUGCUGCGCUUGCCCGCCGAGGAGCUGUGCAAUCUCCCGCAAUCUCCCCCACAAUCUCCCGCAAAUCUCCCCAGGCUGCAAGUCGCGGCGUACGCAGAGGCAAAGCAGCGGCUGCAAGAGGCCGCCCUUCGCUUGCACGAGCUCGGCAGCGACCUCGGCUCUUGGAGCCAGCGAGCGAACGCCGCCCGAUGCUCGGGAGUCAGCGAGCUCGCCGCCGACGCGGUGGUCGAGGGCCUCCCGCUGGACCUGCUGGCGGGCGUCUUUGCGGGCGUGGACCUAGUGCGAGAGCAAGGCGCGUGCACGCUGCUGCGCGGGAUCACGUGCCGCGCUCUGUACUACGCACUCCCCCGGUGUCGCACGCUCUACUACGCGCCGCUGAUCGGCGUCUUCUUCGGCCUGUACGAGCACUUUCGUCGCGUCUUGAGCUGA